AUGAAAACCACACUUGUGCACAUAGUUUACCUUGCUUACUUCCUUAAACUUCAUCAGCAACUGAAGUGCUGGAUAUGUGGACUCUGCAGAUUAGAUAACCUUCCUAAGCACCUGGAUGUUGAGAUGCCAGAUCAACCACUACCCAUGGGUCAGAUACUAAAAAUAACCUUUUCAUUCUUUGGAGCUGCUAGCAUUUAUAUAAUACAUGAGAAUUUAGCUCUUAUACCACCCACUUUCCCUUCCCCAAAUAUUAUCUUUAGUCAUGAUAUAGAAGACUUAGAUCAUUAUGAGAUGAAAGAAGAGCCUAUUAGUGGGAAAAUGUUGGAGGAUGAAGGAACUGAAAACAAAAAUUGGGCAAUAUUAGAGAAAAUUAGGAAGACUGAAAAUGUUCUGACAGCAUCUCAGAGGACGAUGCCUCCUCUGGCUGCAUUUCCCUCUGGGAAAUGCUGCCUGUUGGAAAUCCGUAGUUCUGAGUGA